AUGAUAGAGGAUACAAUGACUUUGCUGUCUCUGCUGGGUCGCAUCAUGCGCUACUUCUUGCUGAGACCCGAGACACUCUUCCUGCUGUGCAUCAGCCUGGCGCUGUGGAGUUACUUCUUCCACACUGACGAGGUGAAGACCAUCGUCAAGUCCAGCCGGGACGCUGUGAAGAUAGUGAAGGGCAAGGUGGCGGAGAUCAUGCAGAAUGAUCGGCUUGGAGGGCUUGACGUGCUCGAGGCCGAGUUUUCAAAGACCUGGGAGUUCAAGAGCCACAACGUGGCUGUGUACUCCAUCCAGGGCCGGAGAGACCACAUGGAGGACCGUUUCGAAGUUCUUACGGACCUGGCCAACAAGACGCACCCAUCCAUCUUCGGAAUCUUCGACGGGCACGGUGGCGAGACUGCUGCUGAAUAUGUAAAAUCUAGACUCCCAGAGGCUCUGAAACAGCAUCUUCAGGACUAUGAGAAAGACAAAGAAAAUAGCGUAUUAUCUUACCAAAUCAUCCUGGAACAGCAGAUUCUAUCAAUUGACCGAGAAAUGCUGGAAAAAUUGACUGUGUCCUAUGACGAAGCAGGCACAACGUGUUUGAUUGCUCUGCUAUCAGAUAAAGAUCUCACAGUGGCCAAUGUGGGAGACUCACGUGGGGUAUUGUGUGAUAAGGAUGGGAAUGCUAUCCCUUUGUCUCAUGAUCACAAGCCUUACCAGCUGAAGGAAAGGAAGAGAAUAAAGAGAGCUGGUGGUUUCAUCAGUUUUAAUGGUUCCUGGAGGGUCCAGGGCAUCCUGGCCAUGUCUCGGUCCCUGGGAGAUUAUCCACUGAAAAAUCUCAAUGUAGUCAUCCCAGACCCAGAUAUCCUGACGUUUGACUUGGACAAGCUCCAGCCUGAGUUCAUGAUCUUGGCAUCAGAUGGCCUCUGGGAUGCCUUCAGCAAUGAAGAAGCUGUGCGAUUCAUCAAGGAGCGCUUGGAUGAACCUCACUUUGGGGCCAAGAGCAUAGUUUUACAGUCAUUUUACAGAGGCUGCCCUGACAAUAUAACAGUCAUGGUGGUGAAGUUCAGGAAUAGCAGCAAAACAGAAGAGCAAUAA